CAACCAGUACUUAAAGAUAUCAAAAUUCCAACAAUAUUCCGGUGUGAUUUAUUAACUCAAAUUUAAAAAAUAAUACGAUUUGGGUGCCGACGCGACAUAUAGCAAAUAUUAAAUAUAAAAUGGAUAACAGUAGCAGUCAAAAAGUUAAUAAACGUACUAACGGUGUCGCUGAAUCAAGUACAUACUUAUGUGUAAUAUGUGACAUAACAGUUCCAAAUAUAUAUUGGAAAUCACACAAUGACAGCUUGAAACACAAAACAUGUUUAGAAAUAGCAAAUGUAUCAAUGCAGAGAGUUAGAAAAAACAUGUUCGCAGUACCACCACAUUAUUCAACCAGUGACUCUAAUUACUAUUUCUGUGGCGCUUGCGCAGUUCCCAUCGCUGUUACUGAGAAAAUUUAUCACACAUCAACAAAAGAACACGCUGAUGCAGUUAAACAUGACGAGUUGUUAUCCAACUUACUUGAUAUAUACAAAAACAAAAGUAAACUGAGCAAUAACGAUACUACAAUAUCUACAGUGCAUGUGCAUGCUAAAAAUAAAAAUAACAAUACAACAGAAGUUAAUAGAACAAAAGAUAGAAACCAAGUCAUAAAAGUUAAGCCAGAUAACAAUGUAUGUGCUAUUAAUAUUACAAGUGAAGAUAACAAUAAAAAUAGAGAGUUAUAUGUAUUGAAGGAACAUAUUGAUUAUGUUAAUGAAAAACUUGAGAUAUUCGUAAUUUUAAUGGAAUAA